AUGCCUUCAAAACCAAAAUCUCCAGAGCCGCAACCAGAGGCUCAGAAAAACUGGCUCGUCACAUGGGCGACGCGACUUGGAAUCUUCGCCGUGGUUAUUGCGGCUCUAGGUUGGCUUGACACAAUCAAGGACCGCUGGUAUGUCUUCGAGCCAGGCUUCUUGCAUGAGCUCGCCCAGUCCGCCGUCGCCACCUACCCAGGCGACACGCGCAGUAUGAUCAACCACAUCGUCACGAACCUCACCGAGACCUAUCCGACCAACACAAUCCGCAUCAACACAAACGAGGAGUGGGUGUUCAACAAUGCCGGCGGUGCCAUGGGCGCCAUGUACAUCAUCCAUGCCAGCAUCACGGAGUACCUCAUUAUCUUCGGUACUCCCCUAGGCACGGAAGGACACUCGGGCAUCCACACCGCCGACGAUUACUUCCAUAUUCUGCAUGGUGAACAGUGGGCUUUCAAGCCGGGCGCGCUGGAGAUGGAGAGGUACACACCUGGGAUGGUGCACCUCAUGCCGAGAGGUGUUGCGAAGCAGUACAAGAUGCACGAAGGCUGCUGGGCGCUCGAGUACGCUAGGGGUUGGAUCCCGCUUAUGCUCCCCUUCGGUUUCGCCGAUACUCUCACAUCUACGUUAGACGUUCCGACGCUGUAUAGCACUGUUCGUAUUACGGCGCGAGAGAUGCUUGGGAACCUUCUUAUUGCUAAGAUAUAG